AAUAUAUUUUCGUCUUGUUUGCGGAAAAAAAAACAGGAGGGAAGAAAUAGAAAUUUCUGAAAUUGCGAGGAUUCUUUGAAACUAAGAAGAAAAAAAAAACCUAGAACACCAAAAACCCAAAAAAUGGGGGAGGAGGAAGUGAGCAAUGAGAGUGAAAGUAGCGAGAAUUCGAGUUCCGAUGACCCGAAAACUCCAGAAAACGAAGUGAAUGAGUAUGAGAAACAGAGGCAAUUGAGGAUUGAUCAAAAUAGGGCGAGAGUUGAAGCUCUGGGUUUGCGUAAAAUUGCGAAUUCGUUGAUGAAUUUAUCGCACAAAGGAGGAGAGAAAAAGUCGAAGCUCAAUUCCAAAAAGGGUGUCAAAAAUGGCAAAGAUGACGGCGAAUAUGAGCCUGAUGACGAAAACCCAAAAGAUGAUAGUAGUGAUUGUAGUUUGGAUGAGUCCAGUGAUGAAUUUGAGGAGGGCAAGAGGAAGAAGAAGAAACAAAAGAAGAAGGUGGAGCUGGCUUCAGGAGUUCUCAUUCCUGACAGCAGUCUGCAGAUUGUGGGUCAUUGUGGGGAGAAAAUAUGCUUAAUGUUUCCGAAGGCUCCCAAGGAGGAAGUGAAGGAUUUGAUGAAUCGUUAUCCUAAAGGAUUUAACGGGUUUAACCGUGAGCAAGGUGAGAGAGCACUGAGAUAUAUUGCUGGUCUAAAGGCUGAUUACUGCAAACUGAGGAGAUCACAUUUUAAAUAUCCAGAGUUCCGUGAGGAGGUGGUGGAGGGACUGCCUUUUCCUGAGGGUUUCAAUGGGUUUAACCUGGAGGAAAGUAAAGAAAUAUCUAGAGUGAUUGUUUCUUUAGAAGAUGCGUACUCGAGAUUAAGAAGUUGCUUUCAAUCAGAAGUGCAGGGUGCCGAAAGUUUAUUAUGUCCUGAAGCCUCAUGUUCUCGUCCUAUGGAGACUUUCCGCCCUCCUACUACUCAAGUUCCGCGUCCUCAAUGGCAGGCUUCCACCUGUGUAGCUGGCCCUGUCCAGCCGAAUGUCCCUAUGUAUCCUGAUUACAGGCAGUUUCCUCCUUAUUGGUGUCCUCCAAUGGUUCCUUUUGGCAUGUCCCCAGUCAUACGGGAUUCUUGUAAUGUCAUUUAUCCUCCACCUUACAUGGACAAUUAUUCUGGAAGGUCAAAUAUUUGAUGCACGUAUGCAUGGGAAGUUAAUGGGAUCAUGGGAGUGCUUGCUCUUCCCCUCAGCCAUCUGCAGGUUGCUUCAUGGUUGCGAUCUGAUCGAAGAUGGGGUGGUUUCUUGACCCUAGGACAUUAUGAUAGUUUAUGUAGAGGAUUUUAUGAACAGUUUAGAAAUAUAUGAACUUUGUGCUUGCAUGCAAUUGCCACCUCCCCUCACCCCACCCCACCCCACCCAAA